GGUUAGCUAUAUUAGGUCAGAGUACACCUGCAGGCUCUCGGGCACACCUGCGGGCAGUUUGUCACGGGAGAAAUUUGUUCCAGAAAGUCUCCCGGCUACCGGGAGAACACUCUGCCUUAUUUGCGCAGUGGCUAUGGUGUUCGGCGGCUGAGAACGAGGCUGCUUGUUCGACUCCCAGUGUCAUGUCGCUGCGAAAUCUGUGCUUCCUGGUCGCGUUGAUCCGUGGAGCUGUGUGUCUCCCCAGCGGAGCACCGACUGCCGCCUGCGGUGACAUGACGCCCCAGCAUGGACCCAACGCCAAGGCAUCCAGUGACCCGGGCAACCUCAAGCUGACUGCCACGGGCCACGACAACCGAAGUGCCAAGGUGACCUUGGAAGGGACCUUCAAAGGAUUUCUGAUCAAAGCAGUGGACAGCGACGGAACGGUGGUCGGAAAGUUCACACCGGACAUGCCUGACAUGGCGAAGGGACUCGCAUGCGACGGUCACAGUGACAGUGCCAUCACUCACACGAGCAACGCGGAGAAAGGUUCUGUCUCAGUCACGUGGACACCUUUGGACAGCUACAAGGGAGGUGACGUCAUAUUCAGGGCCACGGUUGUGAGAUCGAAGGAGGACUACUAUCUCAACCUGGAGUCUUCUGCUUUGAAGAUUGAGGAGCCGAUGACAAGCGACCCAAACAAUAUUGACGGAAGAGAGGAGUCUGGUAGUAGCUCCACGUCGCGCUCCGAGAUCACCGUCUGGCUGGCUGUCCUAGUCCUCAGCGGUGUCGUUUUGAACGCGCAACAUCGCCGGUUGGCGUACCCUUAGGAGGUGCGCUGGACGGAUACCGGUCAACAGCGUGCCGCCGGUUGUUUCGAAGAACCUGUCGUAGAUUUCGUGGCUACGAGUGCGGCCCCCGUACAACGUACCGAUCGUAGUCCUGUCAAUUACCGGACAGGUAUACAUGCGCACAGACAGUCCGGAACUGUAUUUUUGCGCUGAUUGAACUAAUAUUUUUUGAACGUUAUCCUUGGCGCUGUGCACUCAGUGUUGGCGCGCGUGCACGUCUCUCGUUAUUUCUGUUGUAACAUUAAAAGUCUGAAAUUCCAGAA